GUUCCCGACCCAAGUGGAGACUAUGCAGAGAAGACACAAACACAGACACCCUCAAACAAGUUCUCAUAGGACGAAAAUUAUUACCUUCGAUUCAGAAAAUUCGCGUUGAAGAGUGAGAACUGUUCAAUUCAAACAACGCAAAGGUAUUUCAAGUUCGAGGGCCCUAAUGUUUUGGUUCCUCUCUCAAGUCAAGUUUGACAAUAACGAUGAUGAGUGGUGAUUUAUGUGCUGUGUCGUACCUCCACUGAAAUUCUCUGUAUCCGCAAAAUCAGACAACCUAGAAUCUUCCUAGAUUGCAUGCAACAACAAAAAAGGGAAAAAGUUGAGUUUUGAUGAUCCAGAAUUUGGCACUGUGAUUGAAGCAUAUUGAAAUUGGUGAUCUGAGUAUUGCUCAAAAUCACUUUUGCUGAAGUGGGUUGCAAGGUUUUUAUUAAGGUUUGGCUCUUGAAACAUUGGAUUUGGUUGGUGAAGUUUGGUGACUUCAACUAUCUUCGCCAUUAUCAUCUCAAGUUUUUAACUCCAAGCAAGAGUUUGAUCUCAGCCACAAAGGUUUUGGUCUUGCUAUUACUAUUACUAUUAUUAGUAUUAUUAUGGUAUAUGAAGUUUGUAACUUUGCUUGGUGUUGAGAUUGGCGCGUGACAUGUCAAGCGCGUCGCCGUCACCGGCUGCGCCACCGCCACAAACACCUCCCUCCUCCACUACUAGUCCCUCACCGUCCACCACCACCACCACCACCAAUCCGCCGCCGCAACAACCACCACCUUCUUCCCCUUCACCACCGCCUUCAACCCCACCUCCGGCCACCCCAUCAACUCCACCUCCGGCCACCCCCUCAACCCCACCUCCGGCCACCCCAUCAGCUCCUCCUCCAGCUGCUCCGCCUUCACAACCGCCGCGGUCUCCACCUCCCCUCAUGUCUGGAGCCUCACCUCCACCGUCAUCCCCUCCCCCACCAUCACCACCGCCAUCUCCUCCGGCAAGGCCACCGCAGUCGCCGUCGGUUCCGCCAAGAAGAUCUCCACCACCGCCAUCAGCACCAGUUUCAUCUAGAGCCCCUCCACCCCCGCCACAACCAUCAGCUCCACCGUCACCACAACCACAACCAUCAGCUCCACCACCGUCAUCACCGCCGCCGCAGAAUUCACCGCCUCCUCCGGUCACCGUGCCACCAACCCCAGCUUCGCCUCCUCCGCCACCGUCUGCGCCACCCAUCGGUUCACCUCCACCAUCACCGGCUGCACUGCCCCCAAGAAACCCUCCGCCACCGGAUAAUUCAUCAUCACCACCGGUGCCUGUGCUGCCACCGAAGUCAUCGCCGCCAUCACCAUCACCCACCCCUCCUAGGAUUAGUCCUAAUUCCCCUCCAAGUUCUCAAGCAGCUCCACCUUCAAAUUCAACACUGAGGUCAUCCCCACCACCACCACCAAUUGUUGAAGUGGCCCCGCCACCGCCUUCGCGUGCUUCAUUGCCGCCCUCGCCGAACAGUACAGAAAACACAAGCCCUGUUGGUGGUGGAGGAGGUAGUGGUGGAAUUAGCACUGGUGCUGUGGUGGCUAUUAGUGUGGUGGCUGGAAUUUUGGUGCUUUGUUUCAUUGGGAUUGCGAUGUGGUGCAUGAGGAGGCAAAAGAGAAAGGUGCCUCCUAACGGUGGUUAUGUCAUGCCAUCCACCCUUGCCUCAUCUCCCGAAUCAGAUUCAUCCUUUUUUAAGACACAUUCUUCAGCUCCUCUUGUACAAAGUGGCUCUGGCAGUGAUGUUGUGUAUACACCAUCUGACCCUGGUGGACUUGGCAACUCAAGGUCAUGGUUUUCAUAUGAAGAACUAAUCAGGGCCACAAAUGGCUUCUCUACUCAAAAUCUUUUGGGUGAGGGUGGAUUUGGUUCUGUAUAUAAAGGAUACCUUCCUGAUGGGAGAGAGAUAGCAGUCAAACAGCUGAAAAUUGGUGGAGGUCAGGGGGAGAGAGAAUUCAAAGCUGAGGUUGAAAUUAUUAGUCGCAUACAUCAUCGCCAUUUGGUUUCUUUAGUGGGAUACUGCAUUCAAGACGACAGAAGACUACUUGUCUAUGACUAUGUUCCUAACAAUACGCUUUAUUUCCAUCUACAUGGGGAAGGUCGGCCUGUGCUAGAAUGGGCAAACCGUGUUAAAAUUGCAGCCGGUGCAGCUCGAGGGAUAGCUUAUCUCCAUGAAGAUUGCAACCCUCGGAUUAUUCACAGGGAUAUAAAGUCAUCAAACAUUCUUUUGGAUUACAAUUACGAAGCUCGGGUCUCGGAUUUUGGGCUAGCCAAAUUAGCCCUUGAUGCAAAUACGCAUGUAACCACACGAGUCAUGGGAACUUUUGGGUAUGUUGCCCCUGAAUAUGCAUCAAGUGGCAAAUUGACUGAGAAGUCUGAUGUAUAUUCUUUUGGAGUUGUGCUUUUGGAGCUCAUUACCGGACGGAAGCCAGUAGAUGCAUCCCAACCCUUGGGAGAUGAAAGCCUAGUUGAAUGGGCUCGACCUCUGCUGAGUCAUGCAAUUGAUACUGAGGAAUUUGAUAGUUUGGCAGAUCCAAGGCUGGAAAAGAACUUUGUUGAGAGUGAAUUGUAUUGCAUGAUUGAAGUUGCUGCUGCUUGUGUGCGGCACUCAGCAGCAAAGAGACCCCGUAUGGGACAGGUUGUUAGAGCUUUUGAUAGCUUGGCAGGUUCUGAUCUAACUAACGGAAUGAGACUUGGGGAAAGCGAGGUGUUUGACUCUGCGCAGCAAUCUGAAGAAAUAAGAUUAUUUCGGAGGAUGGCAUUUGGUAGUCAAAAUUAUAGCACAGACUUCUUUAGCCAUGCUAGUUUGAAUACAUGAAAGGCCCCUGUACAUACUGGAAGAGUUUCUUUUGGACCAAAGGAUCUCAAGCUAAGUCAAGGGGAGACCCUGGUUGAGUUUGUUGGUUGCAGAUAUGGCUAGGUGCACUGUUGCUUUUGAUUCUGGAAUUGACUGCAUCAGGUUCAGAUCCUCAUUCUUAUGCCUGAAUUUCAUUAUUCUUUUCACUAGCUGGUUUUCUGGCAGAAAUUUUGUUUUUGUAAUUAGAAUUUGUAAAAAGUUUUAUGCUCACAAUGACAAAGAUUAACAUAUUGAUUGAUUUGUCACAAAAUGAGAAAAUAGAUGUGUGACUCCUUUUAUGCCCUAAAUAUUCUCUUGACCAAGAAGUUACAUGUUUUUUUAUGUUAUUUGGAAUGGACAUUGUUGAGACAUCGGUUACAUAUAUUUGCACUGAUAAUAGGUGACAGUUUAGAAUGAGCUCCAAAAAACCUUUUUUCAAUUGAAGGUAUGAAAAAUUUGCUACUGAUCUGGUCAGUAACCAAAGUAAUUAUGGGACUAAUUGGAAUUUCUAAAACAAAUAUGAUGGUUAUGGACCAUUGUGUUGAAGGAAAUUAUGUUUGAGAUAACCUAGUACUGAAAUUAUAAAAUUGAACAUUUGUAGCUGAAUUUAGUUUUACCAUCUGCCCCGUGUCCUACCUUGGGACCAAGCACUCUUGUUGCUACCAUAGAAACUGUUAAAUUGACUGAAUGAUAUGAUAUCUCUUAAGAAAACAUGAUUUUAGCUACUAUAAUAUAUAUGGAAGCUGGUCAAAUUGACUUGACAAAUCAAUCAAUACUUUUAUAAUAUUUUGUUAUUUAUUGGAAUUUAGACUAAAGCUUUAGACACAGGACUUAAGUCUACUCAUUCAAUUCCGACGUGCUGUUGGUAGAUGAGUCCAUAUAAAGUCUUGCUUCAUGGGAAAGUCUUCUUUUCAGAGCGUGUUGGAUCAAGCUUUCUAAUUAUUUAAUUUUAAGAAUGUUGUAAUCAUUUUAAGCAUCAAGUGCAAUGGCUGAUAUGGUAAAGAGAAUUACUUUCUAGUUCCUUGAACAGAGCGUGCCUUUGUUAACUUUGAAUGCAAGAAUUGUUACCACAAUCAUGGGUUUCAUCUUCUUUUCUUUU